AGCCAAAUUUCACACUGAGCAGCUGCAGUCGGAGAAAUCAGAGAAAGCAUCACCCAGCCCCAGAUACUGAGGGACCUGCCAGCGGCUCUCUCCUCCUGCUCCUCGGAAAGGAAGACCCUGAGGUCAUUGGUUCAGACCCACUCCUGGGCUGCCAUGGGACUCGCAGCCACUGCCCCCUGGCUGUCCUCCAUGCUACCGGGCAGAUAAGGGCAGCUGCUGCCCCCGGGGCACCUGCCCGCUUCCGCUGCCCAACCACUCCUCCAGGGCCAGCCCUUCCCUGACUUGGUGGCCACCUCUGCUGCCCCGAGGCCAUGUAGGCCACGCUCAGGCCUCCAUAGACACUCCACUGGGGAUGAUUCCUGAGCUCCUGGGGGGACGAGGAACACUACCAUGCCCUGGGGCUUCGCCUGGCUGCGCUAUCUUGGGAUCGUCCUCAGCGUGGCCUUGGGGAAUGAGCAUUUGGAGAUGUGGCCCUUGACGCAGAGCGAGGAGUGCACUGUCACGGGUUUUCUGCGGGACAAACUGCAGUACAGGAACCGACUUCAGUACAUGAAAUACUACUUCCCCAUCAACUACAAGAUUGGCGUGCCUUACGAGGAGGUGUUCAGAAUUGCCAAUGUCACCAGGCUGCAGAGGGCCCGGGUGAGCGAGCGGGAGUUGCGGUAUCUGUGGGUCUUGGUGAGUCUCAGUGCCACUGAGUCGGUGCAGGAUGUGCUGCUCGAGGGCCACCCGUCCUGGAAGUAUCUGCAGGAGGUGCAGACGCUGCUGCUGGAUGUCCAGCGGGGCCUCACGGACGUGGAGGUCAGCCCCAAGGUGGAAUCCGUGUUGUCCCUCCUGAAUGCCCCAGGGCCAAACCUGAAGCUGGUGCGGCCCAAAGCCCUGCUGGACAACUGCUUCCGGGUCAUGGAGCUGCUGUACUGCUCCUGCUGUAAACAAAGCUCCAUCCUAAACUGGCAGGACUGUGAGAUGCCAAGUCCUCAGUCCUAUAGCCCAGAGCCCUCAUUGCAAUGUGCGGCCACCCAGCUGUAUCCUCCGCCUCCACAGCCCCCCAGCUGCUCUCCUCCUUCCACGGACUCAGCAAGGCCGGUCAGGACACAGAGCAAGGGCCUCUUGCCCUGAGCAGCCUGGAUGGUGACUGCAGAUAGGGCAGCCAGACCAGCUCCCCCAGGAGUUCAGCUGGGCCUGAGACUUUGAGGGGUGCUGAUGGGAACCCCUCCUGGGAAUGAUGUUCUUCCUUUGAGGGGGAUUCUUUGCCACAGCAGGGCUCAGAUUCCUGCCUUCCACAACUGUCAUGGCCUCACCUGGAGCGGAGAGGACCUGGGGACCUGGGGACCUGAAGGUGGAUGGGGAUAGAGCGUCUGGCCCCUCCUGGCGCUGCCCUCACUGUCCCCCCACCUGAAGGGGGUGCUGAGACUCCCGUGACCUGCAGCAGCGAGGGCACAGCCAUGGGUUGCAGAGGAGACAGGCAGCAUGACGUGGUCAUUCUAAGACCUCCCCCCUAGCCUGGCAGACUGGGGAGUUCGGGGCAGAGGCCAGUGCCAAGUGCCAUAUCUUGCCACAGUGGAUGCUCUUCCAGUUUCUUUUUUUUAUUAAAUGUCCUGCUUCCUUUGGUUUGCUUUGCAUCUUUGGAGGUGAACCUGGAGAGGGAUGGGAGGCGGCCAAGUGCAGGAGGUUGGGGGGCGGGCUGAGGAUUCGAUUUGGAGUGGGUGGAGCCUGCCCAAGGGACUUGGGAUGAGAAGGGUGCCAGGGACAGAGUUUUGGCCCUGCCUAGCCCAGGGGCCUCUGCAAGCCUGUGUUGGCCAGGAGGGAGGGAGAGGUGUUGGCCUGGCUUUGACCCUUGCCAUCCUCCCUCCAUCUGGCUGCCCCCAGGCAGCCUCUAAUAGGAACACAUGGGAGGUAUUUCAGAGGCCCAGGUCUGGCCCUGGCCCCCAUAUGGAGAUCUGAGAUCCUCUGGGAGCACCCCCCCACCCCGGCCCCCUGCAGUUGGGAUCUGGGGUGGGAAAGGCGAGGUGUGGGGAUGAGGUGGGGGGGCAGCGGCAGCCCAGGGACGCCAGGCAGAGGCAGGGGUGUUAAUUACAGUACACCUUUAUUAAUACUGGAAUCUUCACAGUGCAUCUGUUACUUGUAGCAGUGACUAUUUAAAUCAGGGGGUGGAUGGUGUGGAGGGGGUAGGGAGGAGAGGAGAAUUUUUCCAAAAUCUGACAGAAAGAAAAGAAACAAAAUGGUUCAGAUGGGUGGCGGGUGGGGAGGGGGAAGGGUGAGUAGGAACCAGGAGGGCUGCCUGGGGUUGGGGGGAAUAAAUUAAAAAAAGGAACAAGUUAACAACAGCACCAGGAAAGUUACUUCAGUCAAAAGAUGCUUUUGAAAAGCAUAUUUCUCUGUACAAAAUGAGAAAUAAAAGAAUGUAAAGAAG